AUGGAUCCCUUCAUCCUCCGUGAGCUCGCGAAGCUCGACCCUGCGGUACCGUUCCGCUCAUCCACCGACCACCUGCAUCACACCUGGGCCAAGACUUUCUUUUCGCGCCCCGAGCUCUACAUCCGCCCACAAUCCAUUCUAGAGAUCCAGCAGCUGGUGACCCUUGCCCGGCGCUGUCGACGUCGUCUGGUCACUGUCGGCAGUGGCCACUCCCCCUCCGAUCUCACCUGCACCUCCUCCUGGCUGGUCAACCUCGAUGACUUCAAUCGCAUCCUCGACGUCGAUCCGACCACCGGCACCGUCACCGUCGAAGCAGGCAUUCGAUUGGCUCAUCUCGGCGCCCAGCUGGAACAACAGGGCCUGACGCUUCCGAACCUCGGCAGUAUCGACAGUCAAUCCAUCGCCGGCGUCAUCGCAACGGGAACUCACGGCUCCUCCCUCCGUCACGGUCUGCUGUCGGAAUGCAUUGAUUCGCUCGGCCUCGUGCUCGCCAAUGGGCAGUUUGUUCGCUGUAGCCCGACCAAUAACGUCGACCUCUUCCGCGCCGGCCUGGUCUCCCUCGGAGCCCUCGGAAUCGUCGUCGAAGUCACCUUCAAGGCCCGGCCGUCCUUCAAUAUUGCCUGGCGCCAGGAACGAUACACACUCGGCCGCGUGCUGAGCGACUGGUCGACAGGGCUGUGGACCACGCAUGAGUUCGUCCGCGUCUGGUGGCUGCCAUAUGAGAAGAGUGCUAUCGUCUGGCGCGCCGAUAAAACCGACCUGCCCCUGCGCGCGCCGCCCAAAAACUUCUACGGCGACUCCCUGGGCUACCACAUCUACCACAACCUCCUCGCCCUCUCCUCUUACUGCCCGCGCAUCCUCCCCUGGGUGGAAUGGUUCGUCUUCGGCAUGCAGUACGGCUUCCGCGCCGGGUCGACAGUGACCGAGGCCGUGGAGCCCGCGCGCGAAGGCCUCCUCAUGAACUGUCUCUACUCCCAGUUCGUGAACGAGUGGGCCCUCCCCCUCGAGAAGGGUCCCGAGGCCAUUAGUCGCCUCUCUGCCUGGCUGCACGGCGACCCCACAACGGGUAUCCCCUUCACCUCCAAGGGCUUAUGGGUCCACUGCCCCGUCGAGGUACGAGUCUCCGACACCACGCUGAACCACAAACCCCGCCCGUUCCUCGACCCGACCUCCCCCGAGGGCCCAACUCUCUACCUGAAUGCAACCCUCUACCGGCCUUACCUCCGCGAUCCGCCCUGCCGCCGGCGCUACUAUGAAGCCUUCGAAUGGCUGAUGCGCGACCUGGGCGCCAAACCGCACUGGGCGAAGAACUUCCACGCCUUGGGCCCGCACGAGCUGGCGCACGCCUACGGCGACCAGAUGGACGCGUGGAUGAAGGUCCGCAAUGAAGUCGACCCGGAGGGCAUGUUCGUGGGCGAAUGGCACCGCCGCAAUCUGCCCCUGGCGGCUGAGGGAUUGCUCCUCCUGGAGCGCGAGCACGAGCGUCGGCCCGUGGGUGGCGUCGGUGACGGGGUCGAAUGGGUAGGCGAUCGGCAGGCUCUACCCCUGGACGAGAGGGCUUACACAGAGCCUGAUUCACCCGGCGCGGCGAGUGAGGAGAGCUUUGAUUUGCUCGCCCGGGGGGAAGCGAGUAUUCUGCUGGAGAAAUCAGGCUCCUAA